UGACAUUUAUGUGAAUGUCGAUUCUGCUGCUGACGGAUUUUCUAUAGUGACGGGUUUUUGACCGUGAAAGACUAGGCGACGAGAACGAGGUACAUGGCGGAGGCCACGGGCCCUUUCCACCAGAACACGAGCAGUGUGGCGAGAAAUCCCAUCGAGCUCUCGAUGCAUUUGCCACGCCAUGCCAUCGGAGUAGGCAUUGGCAAAGUGUUCAGCGCAUCAGAAGACGCAGACGAAGCCAUCCUCGUCCACAGUCUCCUGCGUCGGUCGGUCGGUCAGAAAGAAUCGAGAGGAGAGCUCAGGAAUCGCAAUCGAUGGAGGUCAUCGUCGUCUGGACCAUUCGGCAGCAGCUAUCGAUCGCAAACACCGCUGAGGAAUCGACUCUCUUCUUCGUCGUUGCAAAGCGGAGAAUUUAGACCACCUUCUAAGAGUAAAGCGGUCUACACCGCAGCGAGUGAGCGAGGAGUCGUCGUCGUCCAAUCGUCCGGCCCAAGUGCUCGUUUCUCGCGCUGAUCUCAUUCCAGUUUCGCUGAAUUGAUCUCCACUACACGCUGCGGAUAUGGAAGAAGGAGGGAUCGCGCACAGCGCGCGGAUUCAAGCUCGACGAAUUCAAGCUCCGCUUGCAGAAAGACUCUUUGAGAAGAAUCGAGAACUCCCUCGGGCUCUAUAAGCGCGCGCUCGUCAGCUGGAAUCAGUUCAAAUGCUCUAAAUGUUCAGCUCAACGUGCGUCAGCCGUCGGCGCGUUGUGUCAUUCGAAUUGGGCGCUGGGAGAGUCCUCAUGCCGGACAUCAUGCUGUUAUGAAAUUCGGGUCCGUCGUCGUCGGCCACACGAAGACGAGAAUUUCAACGUCGUUGCUUCGACAUUGCCUCUCGCCUCCGGUCUAGGACCCGCAAUCGGGUGCAUAUUCCGUUCGGCCCGGCGAGCGAGCACGAACGGUUUUCUCUGCAACCUGGUCAAUUCUCACACUCUUACUUACGAUUGAGUUUGCGACGGCAGCAGACGCAAACUACAGACUUUCAUUAAUCUGAUUUUCGUGAAAAUCUGAUUAUCCUAGGAAGCUCGAGCGUGGCCUUGCAGCCAAGCCGUAAGUGAAAUCGACGGGAGAAAGUAGAGACUACGCGAGGACCGGGAUCGAUGACAUUCGAAUUUGUGCAUGUUGGGGCGAUUUGAUUGAAAUCAAUUGUCAUGAAAUUCAGCCCGAAAGGAGAAAUAAGAAUGUCCAAUAUGAAGUUCGAAAUUAAGUGUAUUGGCCGAUGUAAAAUAAUAAAUUGAUGGAUUUAGUG